AUGGUGUCCAAGAUAAUGGACUACCUGUCAGGCAGACUGCAGUCUAUGACACUCAAGGAAAUAGUUUUUGAUAUGGAUGUGAUGGUGCAGGCCAUCUUUCUUUUGCAUGCUCUGCUGGGAUCACUAUGCCUGGCAGAGCAGUGCUCCUGGCAACUUCAGGUCCUAGAAACCGAGACUUUUAAGGCUGUGUCCAACACUCUGUGGAAGCAGCAGCGGGUGUAUGGGAUUCAGCAAAUCAUGAAAUUGCUGGUUGAACAAGCUGUGGAUCCUCAGGAAAAUGAAGUGGAAGCCUCAUAUCCCACAAUAGAGCUUAUGCUGCUAUCUACAGGGUCUUCAAUGAUUGCCUACUAUGAUGAUAGCACCCCCUGGUGGUUAAUAAGAGUAUCUUCAAAGAGGAUAUACUUUGGCUUCCCCUACUACCUGAAAGUCAUCCUGUCCUGCUCUACCAAGGUGGCCUCAGAGUAUAUUGCCCGCCAGGCAUUCCUGACUGGGAUGAGCCCUAAUGUGACUAUGAUUGCUAAAGAACCUGUCAAUCCAGCCAGUGGAAUUCACAUGAGCCUGGAACUGACAUUGGGUGCUGCUACCUUGCGGGAUGACACACCUGCCUGUUCCAGUGAGAUGUGCUUACUUGGCUGGUAUUUCCCCUUGCCUUUCAUCAAUGGCUCAGUAGUGUAUCUGUUUAUAAUUCAAAGUAAUGGCUUCGGUCUAGACAUCACGGACAGCAUGCAUACGCUGAAUGUGAAUGGGUACAUAGUUCCAUCCCUUACCCCAAACAGAGAGCCAGAAGUGGUGCUAGGAGUCAAGGUCUCAAGCCUUCGCUCAAUGUUAAACACUGGUGACCCCUCCCGGCCUCUCUUGUUUGUCCAAGAAGUCUCACCUGUAUUGAUUUUGGGUGGAUUGAUCAACGUCAAGGCUGUAAUUAUGACAUCCACAGAGUUCAGCUCGUACUUCCUAAUUGGGAUUACCCCUGAUAACUGCUGGUCAGUGUUCAGUAUCUGCCCAUAUGAGUCAUCCUCUGACACCAUCACUUACGCUGUUGCAACUGAAAGCACGCUCUUCGUUAGAAUCAACUGGAUGCUCUACACGUUCACUGGAAACUUUUCACUUCUGCCAUUAGAUGUUGAGCCUUCUGCAUCUUGGACAUGUGCGUUGAAGAAUGUGUGUGUCAAGAAAAUAGUGCCUGUUCCCUGGGCCUAUCAGCAGGUAGAACACCUUUACAUUAUUGGAGGUGGUCAGCACCAGGGUCAAAUCUAUAAGGCAACCAUCAAGGAUGGCAAAGUAGAAAUUGUCCAGUUGGUCAGAGAUGGGAAAGGACCCUGUGACCUCAUCCGCCGUGAGGCUCUUGAUAGUAAUUUUUACUUCAUUUAUAUUUCUUCAGACAGCUGCGAAGUGUUAUGGGCAACGCAGGACUUUGAUUUUCGGGUUACAGACAUUGUGCUUGUCAAGAGGAGUCCCAAGGGCAGUUCACCACCAGACUUCUUUAUUGUAUACCUUGGUCCUGAAAACAGGGAGCCAUCCUCUGUGCACAAAUAUUUACCCAUUGAUGAUGCGCUGGACAAUUUUGCACCUCUUCCAGGACUGAAGGAUGACCUUCAGCGACCAGUGGUCCUGAGUGGACUGAUUCUCAGUCCACUUAGCCAGCAGAAGUUCCUAUGGGGCAAUACCCUGCUUUCCUCGUUCGACCAUGGGGAUACUUUUGUGCUCUUCCCAGGUCUUCCAAAGGACAUUGUCAUCAAGUACUUUACUCUUUCCUCUUAUGGAGAGUUUACAUUUGUCACACAAGAUGAACAGAUUUGGUGCGGUAAAGAAAGGCAGUCCCUUCUUAUCCAGCUUCGUCCCUCAAAGGCCUGGAAUAUUUUCAACAGCUUAUGGUUUUUACAACAUAAAGAUGCACAGGGUAUAAAAGACUAUUCCAUGGUCACCCUGUUUUAUGAUUUAAACAAAGAUCUACAAGAGCUUCUCUACAUAGUGGACAGUAGUGGUGAGGGCUCCCUAGUGAAGAGAAAGUUACCUGUUGCUGAAAUUCUCUCUUACAGAGACUUCUAUACUAUGUGGAAAAGUAGUACUGAUAGGUGCACUAUCCAGUAUAAAUAUUCCUGUCCUUUUGCCCGAAUACUCUAUCAAAGCACACCAAGCCAGGAGUCCUACAGUCGCAUCAUGUACUACCAUGCCGAGCCUCCUGUUUCCCUGGCACAGUCUGGACUUCAUUCUUUUAAUUCAGUUGUUGCUUACCAGGGCCUUGCCUACCAUCUAAUGUGGCUGCACACAGACUACAGCAUGCGGCUGUAUGCAGACCCCGUGAAUGACCCUACAUACCGCUGGUGGUUAAAGACGGCCGAGUAUGAGGAUUUCUAUAGAUACUUAGCUGGACAUCGUAUGUACAAUGAAGAGAUAUAUGUAGACAUGGACAGCUAUGGAAAAGAUUCUGUUGCCAUCCUGGAGAGCGAAGUGCCAAGUGCUAUCUAUUUGGACAAGGGAGGCUCCUAUGAUUUUGCUCUUCAGCUACAAGUGACUGGUGACUUUGAGCAGGAAGAUGCCGAAGUCACAAUGCUGAAGUUAUUUGAACUUGGGAUUUCAGCAACUGUCAGCAAACAAAGUGGCGUCAUUAUCAACAUGACUACUACAGUGAAUGUGGGCAGCAGGAGUAUGACAUACAAGCUCAGGAUCUCAGAUGGUGGAAUCAAUACAGAGCAUGCUGGACCAGGAAACAGUCUCAUACAGACCAUGCUGGUCCUGAGGAACCAAAUAUCCGUUCCCUUGUAUGUGGGCUGCCGUCCAGAUCAUAGACUGGCAUUUGACUUUGAGCGCACUGUCCAGUACAUGGAAGAGAACAAGAAGCAACACCGGGAUUGCCCUAUCGUAACUCCUCUGAAGCCAUGCUUUUAUUUUAAGGAUGACUUUUGGCCUUUCUUCAUUGUGCAGGACACAGUGCUCAGCCGUUCAGAUCCCUAUUUAGGCAGUUACACAUUUAAAGUGAUAGGCGGAGGGCCCCAUCAUGAGGAGAACAUUGUAUACUAUGAUCUUGAACAUAUCAAGCUAUAUAACACUGACAGUGGAGGUGCUCAGCAAGCUGUCAUUUGGGAAACACCGCUAAGCCCUGAUGAAAUCAACACAACUGACGAUGGAUUUGUCAUUUUUAAGGACACUGUCAACACUGUGAGGUGGCUGUGCCAGCCUCACUCGCCAUGUGGGGAUAUUGUUCCAACAGGAACAGAACCACUGGAGUUUUUGUUUGUCAUUGAAGUGUCAACCAGAGGCUUUGACAACACCACCUACUGUGAGCACACCUUACAUUUUGUGUUGCGCCUUCAUGGGAUCCCCUUAUCAGAGAACUUUCUUUUCAGUCUGGCGAAUAUGGUACAUGUAGUCAUGUGGACCUCUGUCUUCAUAUCCUAUUUACAUGAAUUGUUUGGACCAAUGCUGUACCCCAAAAUUGUACGUCAGUUCAACAGAAUUUUCAGAAGGCUGAGGUUCCGUUGA